AUGGCUACUCAGUUUACGCUGCUCGGUCUGCCCAAUGAACUCAUUGUUAUUGUGGCCAAAUCCUUGGCGGAUCCCGGCGAUCUUGGGCACUUUCGUCUGGUCAACCAUAAGAUCUACGACAUCACAUACAACGACUUUGCCGCCCGGGUGUCUGCGCAACCAUGGCUUAUGAGUGAGCAUAGCUUGAGGACACUUACCACCAUCGGGGACAACGAGCGGCUACGGCAGACGAUCAAGCAUCUGAACCUCGAUACGCACUUCUUGUUUGUCUAUGAAGGCGCCCGUCGCCAGAAAAAGGACAAUACGCACCUGGAGCAAUGGAAACUGCACAGUCGCAGACAAGCAGAGUUUCUUAGCGGGGGUCGAGACGUCGCUAUGCUUACCCUUGCGUUGUCCAAAUUGCCACGCCUUAAGUCGGUCCAGGUUGGCCAAUGGUGCAAGACUUGGGAAGAUUUUCGCUUUGGCUAUGGCGGCGGCACCAUUGCCGAAGAGUGCAACAGUGCGCUCUCAUCUAUCGAGAUGGGAAGUCAGUACGAUUUUCUGAUGGACUUCGAGCGCGAAUUGGCAUUAGAGACGUGUGGUGCCAUUGAGUGGACAUUCUCAGUGCUCUUUCAAGCACUGUCCGUGGUGCAACGCCCUCUGGAUCGUCUUUCAGCUUAUGUCUACAAACCAUGUGAGUUUGAAAAGUACCAACCGGGCAACGAAUACUUUCUGUACGGUCUGGACCCCACUCGUCUCCCGUAA